AUGUUAGGCUAUCUUGCAGCUCUCCCGCUAUUAUACAUCUGUGUAUAUCUCCCUCUUUCCAGCAUAAUCCUCGGCACUUCCCACAAGCCCGCAGUGCCCGCUGUCACGUCUAUGCUUAAUAACUCUCUGAUUGCCACAAACGAGGCCCUUUCCUGUCCAUCUCAUAAGUACAACACCCAUAUCCUCUCCCUGGAACCGCUGGUAAUCUACAUCGAGGAUUUUCUGAGUGCCGAGGAAUCAAGACACCUGCUAGAAAUCAGCGAGGACAAGUUCGAGGCUUCUACCGUCUCUACCGGGGCCAGAACUUCCAUCCAACGAGAUGUUCGCGACUCGGAAGUCGCGCUGGUUGACCGUGAUGAUGUUGUAAGAUGUAUUGAGCACCGUGCGAGGGAUUUCCAAGGCUGGCGACCAGAUCUCCACAUCGAGCGGUUAAGAACCCAGAGAUACGGCGUAGGUGGUCAUUACGCGCAUCACUAUGACUGGAGCGGUGCCAGUAGGGAUGCCGAUCGUGUAAGCACCUUCAUGGUAUAUGUCGAUGCGGACUGUGAAGGCGGUGGAACAGAGUUUCCGCGAAUACCAAUGCCGGACACAUCCAAUGGCAGGUGGUGUGAACUUCUCAAAUGUGAAGAGACCGAGGACGGAGCCGAAGACAGAGACAGGAGGAGUAGAAUCGGCGUGACUUUCAAGCCCAAGACAGGGAAUGCGGUGUUCUGGGAGAAUCUGAGACCUGAUGGGACCGGGUACGAAGAGACGUUGCAUGCUGGAUUGCCCGUUCUAUCAGGGUCAAAGGUCGGAUUGAACAUCUGGAGUUGGGGACCUGCCCGAAGAAGGCUCAGGUGGCAGACGUCUUCCCUCGGUGCAGUCGUUCUGUUUGUUUAUUUUCGCCUCUCGAGAAAGCCGAAUAUGUACAAUCGGGAUGCGUUGAAGGUCGCUCAAAUAAGGGCGGAAGUGCCUGGGCCUGUUAUUCCAGCCGAGGAAGACAACGCACAAACUUUCGUCGAUCUCCAUACUCGGUCAACACCAGUUACAGCUACAGCUCCAGUCCCCAACCUCACCUCACGAUGCGUCGAGACGAUUCCUAAGCCAUUCGUCAGUCUUGAAAAUGCCGCGAGCAGGCAGAGUCAACUUCGAUCUUCCCGCUAUGAGUUCAAGCUCACCAGCAUCACUUCCAGGGGGGGACAUCUCAGCAGCAACCUAUACCGCGUCGUCAGUCUUGCAAAUGCCGCGAACAAGCGGAGUCAACUUCGAUUUUCCCGCCAUGAGUUUCAAGCUCAUCAGUAUCACUUCCAGGGAACCUCUCAGCAGAAACCCAUACCGCAACGCCCCUUCCUCCUCCACGUUCCAAAUCCUGUGAUCCAGAGCUCCUGCGACCAAGCAGAGCCAGCAGAUCGGAGAUACUAA